AUGGCUUCAUCUGCAGCCACGUGCGUCCUGGCCUGGGCCCUGGCACUGCUCUGCGUGGGGACCCAGGCCUCCGGCGGGAACGCGGGUGGCCAGCCCUGCUUCUUCCCCUUCGUGUAUAGGGGCCGCACUUUCCACACCUGCGCCAUGGAGCAGAGCCACGGGGCCCAGCCCUGGUGCUCCACCACGGCAAACUACGACACGGACAGGCGCAGGAGCUCCUGCCCUGACACAUUGCUUGGCGGGAAAUCGGAGAAGCCCUGUACAUUCCCAUUCUGGUACAAAGGCAGGAGGUACACGACUUGCACCAUGGAUGACAGCAAGCGGCCCUGGUGUGCCACCACGAGGAACUAUGAUGCGGACCAUAAAUGGAGGUACUGCGGCAUGGCAGCGGUGGGGGGGAAUUCGGAGAGCGGCCCUUGCGUCUUCCCUUUCAUCUAUAAGGACACGACCUACCACAGCUUUACAGCAGUCGAUGACAAGAUGGGACAAUCCUGGUGUGCUACCACUCCCAACUACGACAGCCCUGACCCCACCAGUUAG